ACAGCAUUCUGAUGCCAUAAAUGUCGAUUUGACUACCCCUCGAUAGAAACACCUAACCCAAAUCUAAAUCAAAGAUUUUAAGUAGACUGAACGAAGACAGUUGCUUUUUGUUCACAUAAAAUGUUCAAUAACUGUUUUUAUUUCAUGAUUCGAUUGAGGGGGUGGUUUUUUCUCGCUUCCUGACUAGUCAACAAUGUCUUCAAUCAAAUAAGGAUCGCUUUUUUAGGAGGAUAGAUCGAGACGAAAACAGACGAAUCUUACUGGAGUUCGAUCUUUAUGGCACUGUGUGCCGUCCAUAUUGUCAGACUGUUUGCCGUUGAGCGGCAGUGAUUUUGACAGUGAGCUCAUAAUCGCGCGAGACGUUUGGUUGUGGGUGCAGGCAGAGAUCGUGAAGCUCUUCCCUUUCUCUUGACAUGUCACGCGUGUAUUAACCUGCUUUUCAGAAGGAAUAUAAUUCAAUAUUUCUACAACAAAGACGAGAAGUUUCCGUCAAAAUAAGGAUUUCGUUCAUAAACCGAUAUCAUUUUAAUCUGGAUUACUCAACAUCAACAUUUUACAUCGGUGCACGUUCCAAAUACAGCGGAUUGUUAAUUUGUUUUAUUUAUAAUUUAUUCCACCCUGAUCAACCUGGAUCUAACGCCUAUAGUCGACUGAUGAAGCCAUUGUACACUAUAAUCGUCUCAAUAGUUCUUGCUCUGUUGUGAUGUUUUUUGAUUGAUUUUAUACUCUCCACGUGACGUCAUGGCAUGCUAUCGUAGCCGCAUGAGGAUUCUAACAUGUGUGUGCUUCACUGGAAUGUCAUUAUUGGUCAUUCUUCAAGAGCUGGACAGAUUGGACGCUCGUGCAUCUAAGGAUAAAUCUAGGACUCGUCACUCUCAAUCUCAUUCGAGGCGAAACAAUCUCUACAUCGCAGCUGCUGACAGCGACAUUGCGUAUAGGGUGAGAGUUAACGAUGUUGAUAAUAUCGUGGAAAAUGAUGUGUGGAAUACCUACAGUUCUGUGUUGUCUGCGCCGAAAGUGAUCGAGAAAAAACGCGGGAAUGAACCCAUCCGUCGGAAGCCUCUGACAAACUAUGAGAAGGGUAAGAAACCGAACAUUGGUUGUGCAUAUCAGCCGCAAUAUGUUGUCAUACUAGCACAGAUGCGCACUGGUUCAUCUGUUGUAGGGCAAAUGUUGAAUCAAAAUAAAGACUUUUUCUACCUUUAUGAGCCUUUACAUGUUGCUCAUGAUUGGGAGAGCGAAGGUAUAACAAAGAUUGAAACUAACCCUCUAAUGACGUCAUUAUUACGUAAUAUUAGCCAAUGCGAAUUUUCAGACGAUUUUGUCAAGAGCCACGGAGCAUGGGGAGGGCGUACCAAGAGUCGUGCUCUCAUGCCACUUUGCAGCCAAAGGGAUAUAUGUACGGAACUCUCGCCACUGGUCUAUAAACAAAUAUGUUUAGCUUACAAGGGCAAUGUAGCUUCAAAGCUUAUUCGGGCCAAUCUUAUGCACCUUAAACCAUUAAUGGAGGAAAGUCUAGUGGAUGUCCGAGUUAUCCACCUUGUACGGGACCCACGCGGCACGGCCAACUCUCGACUACAAUAUUUCUUAACCAAGGGAAAGAAUGAUGCAAUUCCUCAAAGCUUGAACGAGAGUCAAAACGGGUCGGAACCUGUCGGGAGUGAUAGAGGAGUCAUGUUACAAGACUUGAUCAAAACAACACAUAACUUCUGCUCCUGGGUAACGACGACACUGUAUACAGCUCUCUCCAAACCCACAUGGCUCCGUGGGCACUAUAUGUUGAUGCGAUACGAGGACUUCGCAGAGAGGCCACUGACAACUGCUCAAGAGAUCUACAGCUUCCUGGGUCGGCCGACACCUUCCGAGGUCCUGGACUGGAUAAAAAAUAAUACACAAGACAAGGCCGAAGAGAAGAAAUCCAAACAUCCCUUGUUUAGUAUGACGAAGAACUCUACAGCUACUGCAUCAAAAUGGCGGCUAGGUUUGACGCGUGAGGAGAUAUUGAUUAUCCAGGACGAAUGUUCGGAGGCAAUGCGUCUCCUAGGGUACCGAAAAGUAGGGUUACACACUCCAUACACUGACCUAUCUCUCCCUCUCAUUAAACCUAUCAAACUUCAUUUACCCUAAUUAAAAUCACCUCAUGUGCAAAGAAUCGACAGGAAUCUCUCUUAUUAUAGAGUUAAAACCAUCUUGUAGUAGAAUAAUAACUUUUAGAUCUAAAACCAAGUAGAGAAAAAUAUUGGUAUGAGAUGGCGAUGGUGGCAAUUGAAUCAUAAGAAUUAUAAAUUGAUGACAAUUCUUAUUUGUAAUUAUCUUUGGAAGCACAAAGGAGAGUUGAGAAAUGCAUUUCCACAAUUAGGUAGUGUUCAUUUUUUUUUCUAUUUCAUUUUAAAAUAAAGUAAAGGAUUUUAUGCCAUAUCAGCUUUUGCUAUAAAAAGCAGACAGUUAGUAGAAAAAAAAAAUCGAAUUAAAAUAUUGAUACAAACGAUUUCCCUAUAUUUGUUUACGAUGCAUAAGGAUUUAUUUCAGUGAAUACGCAACUCUUUAUAUUAGACAAAAUAGAGUAACUGUAAAUGAAGGGGUUAAUAUAAUAGACGAUAGGCGAUGGAGGGGUGGCUCUGUAUACUUAUCGUAGAAGCUAAUGAACCUUUGCAUAACAGAAACAUCUCGCUGUAAUAAAUCAAGGGUUCAGUGAACAAUAUGAUUGUACAUGAUGCAGCAUGAAUAUAUAUGUUGAUACUUUAGCACAGCGUUUUUCAGCCGGGAUGCCGCAAUACAUAUCUAGGGGUGCCGCGAGAAAAAUGUAUACUUAAAAUACUAAAAUUAUUUUGGAAUAAAGUCAGUCUUGAGAAACCAAAACAGUGGAAACUGCUUCGUAUUUCCAUGAGGAAAUCACAUUUACAAGCGCAUUUCUUCCUCGCUUGCAACAUUUUAGAAACAGGAUAAUUAUAAGCCGAGAAGUGCCUGAAGUCCUCCAUAUAAGCGAGUUUACAGAUACAAUCUGCGCAUGGGCAGAUAAAGGUCGUUUGUACAAAAAUGGUACAACCCACAUAGAUAAAUACUGGAUAUGCGCUCAUGAAAGUUAUGUAACAUUAUUCAUUUAGGCACCAACGGUACAUUCUAUGA